AAUUUGCUACACAGCGAGUUCUUUCAGGCGUUGAACGGAUUCAACAAGACUAAGAAUAUGUUAGGAGGAACGGAAUUGGACGAUUUCAUCACAUUCAUAGCACCAGCUAAUGUCAAGAUGCCAGAAGAAGUAGUUUGGCGAACCCAAAAAGCUGUGACAGCUGUCAAAGAUCAAGGCCAUUACGUGUCUUGCUGGAGCUUCAGUGCAAUCGGUUCACCUAAAGGACAACACAACAAAAAACUGGAAAACUCAUUUCUCUAUCCGAACAAAACUUGGUCAACUGCUCCACUAAAUAUGGUAACAAUGAUUGCAACGGUGGACUUAUGGACAACGCCUUCCGUUACGUCAAAGACAACCGUGGUAUUGACACAGAAGCUUCUUAUUCAUACAAAGCUGAAGAUGAAAAGUGCCAUUACAACGCCCAAAGUCCAAGGGAUUCACUGAUAAAGGUUUCGUUGAUAUCGAUUCUGAUAACGAAGAAACUUUUAAAGCCGCUGUUGCUACUGUUGGACCAGUGUCUGUAGCCAUCGAUGAAACCUUCCAGUUGUAUUCUGAAGGUGUAUACUCAGACCCAGAAUGCAGUUCAACCAAAUUAGACCACGGAGUCCUAGUAGUGGAUUACGGAACUGACGAAAAUGGCGUAGAUUACUGGUUGGUCAAAAACACUUGGGGUCCUAGCUGGGGACAAUCUGGUUACAUCAAAAUGGCCAGGAACAAGAACAAUGCUUGCGGUAUUGCUACCCAAGCCAGUUAUCCUCUCGUAUAAUAUAAUUUAUUUCCAAAUCAAAAAAUUAGAAUAGUGUUUCGAAAUUAUUAGCUCUCUUAUAAUUUUUUUGUAAAAUUCUUUAUUAGUUUC